UUCACCGCAAAUUUGUUUUUAUUUUAAUUUUUUUAGAAGAAGGAGUUUUUGACGGACGAUCCCUCCAAACUUCAAAUAUUCGAAUCUAAGGCCUCUCAAUAUGGGAUUUCAUGUAGCUUGCCCAAUUACAUGUCGCCGAAUCUGCUACUGCUCCUUAGGAUUCCCUCGGAGUCUCCAUACUGUAGCGGCCAAGAAUGGGUUCCUCGAUGACGUUGUCUGUCUUCGGGAAUUCCUUAAGGAUCCCUCCGGACUUGGAGUUUCCUCGGACUCCUCGCUCACCUUGCAAGUCGCGGUCCCCAAGGUUCUGCAAUUGCCGCCUCCGCCCGGGCAAUUGAAGUCCUCAGUGGUCGGAGAUGCGGUGAACGAGGCGGCUUCGAUGCAGGCCAAGCGGGUUGCUAUGCAGCGGAAGGGAGCUGCCGCCAUGAUUGCCGCCGAAGAGUACGCCCGUCGUUUUGAGUCCGGGGAUGUGCUGGCAAAAUCAGGAAAGACCACUGGAGAAGAGUGUAGUGAAUCAGAUGUUAAAGUCUUUUGUCGGAUGUGCAACUGUGUGGAAAAUGAAGGCAGUGAUAGAGAGAAAAAGAUGCUUCCAUGCAAGAGUUGUGGUAAAAAGUACCACAUAAACUGCCUAAGAGUUUGGGCUCAACAUAGAGAUUUAUUUCAUUGGACUUCAUGGACCUGUCCUGCUUGCCUAAUUUGCGAGGCUUGCCGAAGGACUGGAGAUCCAAGUAAGUUCAUGUUCUGCAAAAGGUGUAAUGAUGCUUACCAUUGCUAUUGUCUCCAACCUCCUCAAAAGAACAUUAGUUCGGGGCCCUAUUUGUGCACAAAACAUGCAAGGUGUCACAGUUGUGGAUCCAAUGUGCCAGGAAAUGGAUCAAGUGUAAGGUGGUUUCUGGGAUACACCUGCUGUGAUGCAUGUGGAAGGUUGUUUAUGAAAGGGAACUACUGUCCUGUCUGUUUGAAGGUUUAUAGAGAUUCAGAAUUGACACCAAUGGUUUGCUGCGAUAUUUGCCAGCGCUGGGUACAUUGCUAUUGUGAUGGUAUUAGUGAUGAAAAAUAUCACCAAUUUCAAGUAGAUGGGAAUCUGCAGUAUAGAUGUCCUGCAUGUCGUGGUGAAUGUUAUGAGGUCAAAAAUAUUAAGGAUGCCAUUCAAGAGCUCUGGAAGAGAAAGGAUGUAGCCGACAGAGAUUUAAUUGCAAGCUUGAGGGUUCAGGCUGGUUUACCAACUCAAGAAGAAACUUUUUCUAUUUCACCAUAUUCAGAUGAUGAAAAUGGUGGACCUGUAAAGAGAAAUGAGGUUGGCAAUCUCAAUUCUUCACCUGCUGCUGGAUGUCCUGUCAGUCAGUCAGGGAUAUUGAAGGGCAAGUUUAUAGAAGAGGUGUCAUUUAGUGAUAAAGAGCAGAAAACUAGAGGUUUUCAAAUUAGGAACACUAAGGCACAUGGCGUGGAUCGUGUGGAGGAGACUGGAGAAAAUGACAAGAGGACUCAAACUGUGCAAGGGAAGAAGUUGAUUGUCAAUUUGGGGCCACAGAAAGUUAAUAUGACUAGUUCUCCACAAUCCGAUGCCAUAAGUUGCCAAAAAGAUCAAGAUAUGGUUGCUCCCAGUGGGAGCAGGGUUGACACUCGUCAAUCAAAAGUAUUGAAGGUUUUUAGAAGAGAGAGAAAUCUCAGAGGUAAUAUUUCUGGGGAAAGUGAAGCUGUUCCUUUAGAGCAACCUCGCAUCUUGCUUGAAAAACGUAGUUCUGAAGGAAUAGCUGAUCAAGUUGGAAAUGGAGCAGCAAUGUCGGGAGGUGAGAGGACGUCUUUGGGAAGGCCUCCAGAGGGGAGAUUUGGUUCAAAUGAUGAAUCAGAUGACAAUGAGUAUCAGACACCUUCACAUUCUUUGCCCAAAGAUUCUAAACCCUUGCUGAGGAUCAAGUUCAAGAAACCUGGCAUUGAAAAUCAAAAUUUGUCUUAUUGGGAGGGGAUGAGUGUGAUCAAGGGUCAGAGGUCAAAAAGGAAGAGACCUUCACCAUUGACGAAUAAAGCAUCUCUCCAUUACGAGGACGUAACGCAUUCAAAUCAGAACACUCAAAUGGAUGAAAUAAUGGAUGCGAACUGGAUAUUGAUGAAAUUGGGUAAAGAUGCAAUCGGCAAGAGAGUUGAAGUUCAUCAGACAUCUGACAAUUCUUGGAACAAAGGAGCAGUCACUGGCAUAAUUAAAGGUACUUCAAAGCUUAGUGUUGCCUUGGAUGAUGGGACAGUGAAGAUGUUAGAUCUUAACAAGCAAGCGGUCCGAUUUGUUCCUCAGAAGCACAAGAGUUCAAAAGCUUGAAUGGCUCGGCUUGUCUCUUUACCCUCAAGAGACAUUUGUACAUUUGGGCAGUAUGUAGGUUGUAGUUGAUUGGAUUGAAAAUUAACUAUAAGUCCUUUGAAUUUCAAAGGUGAAAAUAAAGGAUACGUAUAUAUAUAUAUAUAUAUAUA